AGGAGGAAGACCCGGAACCGGAGUCGGAGCCGGAGCCGGAGCUGGAGUCGAUAGGAGGGGCGGCGGGCAGGACCGGCCGUCUGUCCGUCUGGCCAGCGCGGGCAUCGGAGCCGGGAUGUUUCGCCUUCGUUUCCUCCCUGCUGUGGCAGGAUUGGCCGUAGUCUCGCGACGGUAUCACGGGGCAGCCAGGCCUACCCGGAGCAGGCGUCGAUUGAUAGUGGCAGCUUUACUGGGAGCCUCCGCAGUCACGGCGAGUAGCGGUCUUCUGUGGAAGAGGGCUUAUGCAGAAUCUGCACCAUCAGUCAACCAGAACCUAAAGGCUGAACCAGAUGACAAAGACAAGAAUAAGGAUGAAGAGGAUACAGAUGACAGUGAAGGGACGGCUGGUGACUCUAGCUGUGUAGAAGCUCAGCCAGAAGGGAAAAAGAAGAAACAGCGAUGUGGAUUCAGGGACCGCAAGGUAAUGGAGUAUGAGAACCGGAUUCGUGCUUAUUCUACUCCAGACAAAAUCUUCCGAUACUUUGCUACUCUGAAAGUAAUUAAUGAGCACGGUGAAUCAGAAGUGUUUAUGACCCCGCAAGAUUUUGUGAGAUCUAUAACUCCCAAUGAAAAACAACCGGAACACUUGGGACUGGAUCAGUACAUAGUGAAGCGCUUCGAUGGAAAGGAUUUCUGGCAGACAGAGAAGAUAUCGCAGGAACGAGAGAAGUUUGCUGAUGAAGGCAGCAUAUUUUACACACUUGGAGAAUGCGGACUCAUCUCUUUUUCCGACUAUAUUUUCCUCACUACCGUCCUUUCCACUCCUCAGAGAAAUUUUGAAAUUGCCUUCAAGAUGUUUGACCUGAAUGGAGAUGGAGAAGUGGAUAUGGAGGAGUUUGAACAGGUUCAGAGCAUCAUUCGUUCCCAAACCAGCAUGGGGAUGCGUCACAGAGACCGUUCCACCACUGGGAACACCCUCAAAUCUGGCUUGUGUUCAGCUCUGACCACUUACUUUUUUGGAGCCGAUCUCAAAGGGAAGCUGACAAUCAAAAACUUCUUAGAAUUUCAGCGCAAACUUCAGCAUGAUGUUCUGAAGUUAGAGUUUGAACGCCAAGACCCCGUGAAUGGCCGGAUCACCGAGAGGCAGUUUGGUGGCAUGCUUUUGGCGUACAGUGGUGUGCAGUCCAAGAAACUGACAGUCCUGCAGAAGCAGCUCAAGAAGCACUUCAAGGAUGGAGAGGGGCUGACCUUUGAAGAGGUGGAAAACUUUUUUACUUUUCUGAAGAACAUAAAUGAUGUGGACACUGCAUUGAGCUUUUACCAUAUGGCUGGAGCUUCUCUGGAUAAAGUGACAAUGCAGCAAGUGGCCCGGACCGUGGCCAAGGUAGAGCUCUCGGACCACGUGUGCGAUGUGGUGUUUGCCCUCUUCGACUGUGAUGGGAACGGGGAGCUGAGCAACAAGGAGUUCGUGUCCAUCAUGAAGCAGCGGCUGAUGAGAGGCCUGGAGAAGCCCAAGGACAUGGGUUUCACCCGGCUCAUGCGGGCCAUGUGGAAGUGCGCUCAGGACACCGCCUGGGACUUCGCCCUCCCCAGGCCGUGAGGAGGCAGCCUGCCAAGGAUCUGCAGAUGGACCCCUGACGGGCCUCAAGCCCGUGGCCCCCGGAAAUAUCGAUACCUUCUAUGCCAUCCCACACCCCAUUCCCCCGCAGAGGGAGGGUCACUGCCGCUCCCUUCUCUCCCUUUUCCCUCAGGCCCGGUACUCAGCUGAAAUGCGCAUCUCAUCUCCCACUGGUUUCUAACUCUUUUCCACCUCUCUGGAAAGCCGACCCGAAGAUGAGGGGUCUGUAGAGUAGCCGCUUUCUGGGUCCCACCCCUUUCUGGGUAUGUGCAAAAUCAAGAUCUGCCGGAGGGUGAGAGGGUCAGAAUGGCCUCCAGAAUGACGGGAGGAAGGGACGAACAAUUCAGAAAAAGGAUGGGGGGUGGCAGCCCACCUCAGGUUGGCUUUUCGGGCCAGGUGCCGUCAGCGUCCCUGUGAAAACUGACCCAUCGCUCUCGGCUUUCACUUCAGCUCGCGUUUUUAAGAGAGCUUUGUAUGAAGACUCUGGCAGGCCGGAGUGAGUCCUACCCCCGGGAGUGUGCCGCCAGGACUGGGUCUUGGGAGGGUGGUGACUUGGGCUACCCUGGUUUAGGUUGGGCCAGCCAAACUAAGGAUGUGUUUUAUGGGGUUAUCAGAUUAGCUAACAGGAGACCUGCAUGCGCAUGCAGGGGGAUGUUUAGGUUCAAGCCCACCUUUCCCAAGAAUUAAGCCCAUCGGGUUCGUGCUUUUUUUUUUUUUUUAACCGCCUUCCUCUCCUCCUGCACUUUGCCUAGUUGAAUCCUCCGUGCCGUUUGAUUUAUUAAACGGGCGCGUUUCAGACUGGAGUCGCCCCUCUAGAUUGCUUUUCCGUUGAGCGGCCUGGGCUUGGAUUGGUGUGACCGAGCUCAUGAACGUUUGUAAAAUAUCGUCUUAAUUAUACUGGUUUGCAACAAAA